AUCCCACCUUUCAUUCCAGAGCUUAAAGCAGUAAACAUCCUCUAUACCCUCUUUCCUACUUUUCCCCACAACAGCCCUGUGAGGUAGGUUGGACAGAGAGAGAGGGCCUGUCCCAGAGUCCCCCAGAGAGCUUCUGUCGUUGGGGGUGGGAGCAGAACCUGGGUCUCCCCACCCCAAACCCAGCACCGGACACUACCCCACGCUGGUGAUGGAGGGGAGGGGAUAGUGUGUCUGUGUGUGCCUGUGUGUCGAACUUUGAACUGAAGAAGGUUUGGAUUUCUUUUCCAGCAGGCGGGUAGAAAUGGAGAAGCCGGGCCCGGGACACCACGUUCAAAGAGGACGGAAAAGUUCUUACCCUGUUCAGCUUGGGGCCGUCCGAGAGUUCCCGGUUGGGCUAGACUCCCGUUUUAUUAAGCAGGAGCCGGAGGAGAAUCUCCAGCAGCCGUGGGACGCUCAGUGGCAGGACUUUCUGAAGGCGAUGCAGCCCUCUCGUCCCGGACAGAAACGCACCCAGCUACCCAGCCCUGCCCGGUCCCGAGACGGUUCCCACUCCUCCUUCAAGGGAACCGCUGAUCCGAGUCAGAGGCCUGGGAGAAAAGGCAUAACCCAACCCUUGCCAGACCCCAGCGAAGAUGGCCAAGGCCUCAUUUCCCCGGUGAGAGUGAAGGAAGAAAUCCUGGAGGCGGAAGAAGCCUUUGGCUCAGAAACAGAGCGCCAGCGUUUCAGGCAGUUCUGCUACCAGCAGGCCGAAGGGCCCAAAGAGAGCUUUUUCCAGCUGCAGGAACUCUGCUGGCAGUGGUUGAAGCCCGAGAGACGCACCAAGAAGCAGAUUCUGGAGCUGCUGGUCCUGGAACAGUUCCUGGCCAUUCUGCCCCCGGAGAUGCAGAACUGGGUCAAGGAGGGCAAGCCGGAGAGCUGUGCCCAGACGGUGGCCCUGGCAGAGGAUUACUUGCUGCGGCUGCAGGAGGCUGAUGGACUGAAAGAAAAGGUUUCCUAUCCCGGGGAAGAGGUAGCUGUUGUUAAUUCUCCCAAGUCAGAGAAGGUUGUGUCUGAAGCCAUGAACAGCCGUCUCUCUGCAGGGGCUGAGGAAGAGAGCGAUGAAGAGGCCAGUUUUUUAGGCACUGACCAAGGUUACGAAAACGAGGAGGAGGCCUUCUCCUUCGAAAGGCAUCCAGGCAUCAGUGGGCUGUCUUUGGCAAAACUCAAUGGGAAGUUAUAUCAGGUCUGUGGACUGGAAGCGAUGCCAGGAAGUGAGCCUCGCCAAGAAAUCCACCAAGAAAGCCAAUCAGGGAUCCCAGCUAUUUUUCACGAGGAAAGCUUACAAGAAAACACCUUCCCAGAGGGAAACCAGAAGGGAAAGAGGAGGAAUACUGGUCCCAGUUGGGGGACAGUUCUGAACCGUGGUUUUGAGUUUCCUCCAAACCGGAGAAUGCAAAAACUCUACACGUGCACCUACUGUGGGAAGAUCUCUAAUAAUAGCGCACAUAUGAUCAUCCACGAGAGGACCCACACUGGCGAGAAGCCGUACAAGUGCUCCGAGUGUGGAAAAUGCUUCAGCACAAAUUGCAACCUGAUGAAGCACACCCGUGUGCACACGGGUGAGAAGCCAUACCAGUGUACCGACUGUGGCAGGAGCUUUAGUGACAAGGCCUCGCUCAUCGUGCACGAGAGGACCCACACGGGGGAGAAGCCCUAUGAGUGCCCCAUGUGUGGGAAAAGCUUCACCUCGAGCUCCAACCUCAUCACACACAAACGGGUGCACACUGGGGAGAAGCCUUACAAAUGUUCCGAAUGCGGGCAGAGUUUUGUUCACCGGCCGCAGCUGGUUAUCCAUAUUCGGACGCACACUGGGGAGAAGCCGUAUGAGUGCCCUGAGUGCGGGAAGAGCUUCAAUCAGAAAGCUGACCUUAUCAUCCACAGGCGCACCCACACCGGGGAGAAGCCGUACGAGUGCCCCGAGUGUGGGAAAAGCUUCAUCUCCAGCUCUUAUCUUCGGAAGCACGAGCGGCUGCACACAGGGAAGAAAGCACAAGCCGGGGAGGAAAUGCACAAGUGCAGCUAUUGUAGGAAAAGCUUCAUCAGCCGAUCCAAGCUUCUCAUCCACGAGAGAACCCACACGGGAGAGAAGCCCUUUGAAUGUGCCGAGUGUGGGAAAAGCUUCAGCACCAGCUCUAACCUGGUCAACCACAAGAGGGUCCACACAGGCGAGAAGCCGUACCAGUGCUCGGAUUGCGGGCAGAAGUUCAGCACGAACUCAAACCUCGUCAAUCACCGGCGGGUCCACACGGGAGAGAAGCCGUACAAGUGCUCCGACUGCGGGCAGAACUUUGGUCAUAAAGCUUCCCUCCGGAGGCACAAGAGAAUCCAUUCCAGAGAACCCACCAGAUGCAUGCUUGGAACAGGGGCAAAAUGUUGAAACAAAACUUACGGCCACGUGGAAAGCUGUCUUACGCUGCAGUAGACUCUCGGCCCAUUGAGUCAGCGUCACUGGGAAGAAGCGUUUCCAGGGCAGGUGUCUUCACUGCCCUACCUGGAGAUGCCAGGGAUCCAACGUAGGAUCUGCUACAUGCCAAGCAUGUCUUAUGCCACUGAUCUGGGAUCCAUCAGCUGGGUUUCCAGAUGCUAUUGGAAAGUUCACCAGCAGGAUGAGAAGGCAAUACCCACGGUGGUAUUCAGAGGCACGCAGUCCCUAAGCUGCGCUCCUACACGUGCUUACUUGGGGAGGAAUUCAGUGGGGCUCUAAAGGGUGUGCCUAAGCGCUACCAAGCCCCACAUUUUCUUGCAGGAGUCCCAUAAAUUGGCAAGGGCUCUAUUAAGUCCUGCAAAGGACUUCAAUGUCUUUUUCUAUCACUCAUGUACUACUCAAAUGGUACACCAAGAAGUUUGGGUCUCUCCUGGUCUAUUACACUGAAUAAUGACUUUUUUUUUUUAUGAUCAAGUUGGGAUCUAGAUUCCUUAAGGGGUUGGAAGUGAGGGGGGCCUAGCUAGCUUCUUAGGAAGUUUAGAAACAAUUGAGAAAUAUUCCUUGAUAAGGAAGCGCCAUUCAAAAGGUGUUAGCAACACUGUAUGACGUAGCUGCCUUUGUUAGCCUGUGUCCCUGCCUAUGUGUGUCUGCAAAUCCAAAUGUAUUUUGGUGUUUAGGUCUUGAACAAAAAAUUGUAGGAUGCCCUGAGAAAAUUGGGCACCUUCCCUGUAGUAUGGAGACGCCAUCAUAUGGUGCUAGCAGGUGGAGCGAUCAAACGGUUCAUUACUAAACGAGUGGAUAUUUUAUACAAUGGUAGUGUUCAAAUAAAUGAACUCUUUGCUUAUCCUAGUUAAUGAAGCUUUGAAGGGAGAGCCGUGUCUUUGUGGAACUGUAAGGUGAAGGUGGAAAGGCAAGAGAAGUUAAAAGCGGGAGACUGAGAGGUAACAUGCUGAUUGAAGCAGGAUAGGUAGCUUGGAGGAUAGGACAGAUAAUGUGAGAGUCAAGAAAACCAGAGCACAAGGUUUAGAGAUGCGUG